GAAGUGGGAAAUGGUAUCUACACCGUUAAAUCGACCUAUAGAAAACUUUGGCAGAGGAAGUAUUCGAGGGUGGAUGAAAGCAACAUGGAUGCCCACAAAAUCAAAAGCUACUGGAAAAGGAUCUGGAACCUCCCCAUCCAACCAAAAGCGAAAGUAUUUCUCUGGAGAAUUAGCAGGGAUAUCUUACUUGUUGGGACCAUUGAGAGCCGAAUUGAAUAGGCCCCCUCCAAUUGUCCGUUCUGUGGACUUCCUGAAACCCAACUCCAUUGCUUGAGGGAUUGUGAGUGGACUCACCGUCUCUGGCAACCUUGUGACGAUAGUGAAAUCUUCAAUCAAGGGGAAGGAUUAUCUGGUCGAGAUUGGUUCCAAAGAAUCUUCGAGUCUCAGUCGAAUGAUAGCCUUCAAAGAUUUUGUGCUAUCCUGUGGUUUAUAUGGAAAGAGAGAUGCAAUCACAUGUUCAAUAACAAAAAACUUGAGGAGGAGGAGAUUAUUCCAAAAGCGAUUGCAUGGAUCUCUGAUUACCUUCAAGCUCGGGGAACCAUCGCUUCGAAUGGGAGACAAUCAACCAAUACCUAGGGAUGGAAGACACCACCAGCUGGAAUCUUCAAGAUGAACAGCGAAGCCGGGGUAUUAAAGCCGUCUGCGAUCGGUCUUGGAUGUGUGUUCAGGAAUUGGGAUGGUGAGUUUUUGGGAGCAGUAGCUAGGAAGGAGACUGGAAGCUGCAGGCCGGUGGAGGCGGAAGCCAGAGCUAUCAUUGCUGGGUUGAAAGAAGCGAAUCAAAGAGGAUGGAGUCCGUUGAUUGUGGAAUCAGACUGCCUGAACUUGGUAAAGUUACCGGAGAGGGAUGAAGAGGAUCGCACAAAGCUGUGUGUGUGGUGCAAGGAGAUCAGAAGCUUGGCGAAAGUCAACUCAACGAUGACUGGCAAACGGGUCGAGUGGGCUUUUGUGCCUAUGAGCUCUAGUUCCAUGGCCCAUUGUCAGGGCCAUAUGGCUACUCAUUGGAACCAAAUUUGUAUUUGGACUGACUGUCCACCCAACUCCAUUAGGAGUCUGUUAAAGGUUGAAAAAGCCCAAACCCUUGAAAUUUGAGCAAUAUAUAACAGGGCUUCCUAUAAAAAAAAAUAACAAUAUGUGGUCUCGACAAGAUUUUGCAGUCUCAUCUGGUAUGAUCCAGACCAGGAAUAUUAUGUUGAGCAAAAAUUAACAACAUUUUGUAUCCAUCAAGAAAAAAAAAUCAACUUAAUAAUCGAGGAAAACAAUAAUUUUUCUGCCUUAAAACUCAAAUUUCAACAUGCCUGUAUAAUUUUAUCAUAGUCAACCGAGUUAAUGACAAAGAGACAAAGUUAGAGCAACUAAUUUUCACCAUAACGUCAUAAAACAUCAACAUGAUUUUAAUACGAAAAUGUGAUCGUCUCUACUCCCUAGUGGAGUGUGAUUUGUGAAUGAAGGUGAGGACGGAAUUUGUAAAAUUAAGGUUGAGAUUUAAGUCUUAUUGUGGAUAGUCGAGUGGGUUGCUAACAUGAAUGAGAAAGUGGGUUGGAUACACGGCCUAGUAUGAUAAACCGUGGUCUGGACCUAACCCAUUCAAUAAAUUAAAAUAUCUCAUGCAUAUCAUGGAUCAGACCAAACCAUUUUUAAUAGUUUACAGUUUGAACUAAACUUUACCGUUCGGUUCCACAAUUUAUCCAACAUUCUAAUCUAUGUUCCCAGCCCUAAAAGUGAAGUCUCUAAACACUCAACAUUAUUGCUAUAGUUGGAACCUUACGUGAUUGAGUGGUCGUUCUCAUUAUAACCACCAUGAGUAUAUCUAAUCUAGUACUUUAUAGUCAACCUAAUUCAAAUAAAUAUUUUCAUAAUAAUUCUGGUCCUUUCCAUCCCUCUACAAUAAAAUACCAUUCCAGAUAGGAUCAUAAAUAUCAUAUUUCGAAAAGAUAAAAUUGAAAGAUCUACUUGAAUAUAUAAUAAAAGAGUGGAUUUAAAUAUGUGAUAUCUCUCAAAUCUCUUUCAAAUGCGUCGAACACUUUAAUCAUUUACAACAUAGUAUAACACCUAAUAAGUUAGAUAUUGAUUC